UUUACUUUGAAAUCCGAACAGGAAGUAUUCCUUGGUUGGAUUUGCAGGUAGCUUUAAAGUGCGCUGGAAAUAAAAUACUGUACAUACGCAAGUUGUUAUUGAUUCGAUGUUGAUUCUGCUCAUUACCGGGAAUAAUUAAAGUAUUUCUGUGACAUUUAAAGAAGCUUCACUCCUCAAACAUGAAGGUCCUGAACUCAGAAGAACUACAGAUUGCUGAAGGAGUUCUGCUUAAACACUUACCCAAGAGUUUUAAGAAGCUUCACUCCUCAAACAUGAAGGUCCUGAACUCAGAAGAACUACAGAUCGCUGAAGGAGUUCUGCUUAAACACUUACCCAAGAGUUUUAAGAAGCUUCACUCCUCAAACAUGAAGGUCCUGAACUCAGAAGAACUACAGAUUGCUGAAGGAGUUCUGCUUAAACACUUACCCAAGAGUUUUAAGGUUUACGGUUUCCUAUAUGGGAUUAACAGGAAGAAACCAACCACAAAGGAGGUCAUCGUUGAUACAUGGCCUGACUUUAAGGUUAUCAUUUGCAGACCUGACCCCAAGAACAAGCACGCCCUGGACUUCGUGAAAAAGGUGACUUACUACAGCACGGAUGAAGAGGUUUUAAAGAAAAUACUGACAGAGGAGAAUGCAAUUGACUGGAGCGUUUAUUUUCUUAUUGGAGGAUGUGACAUUUCCCAUGUCCCCAUGCUCAAAGAAGUGUCUGCUGACAGAGAAGUCAGCAACCGAUGCUAUGUCUCGACGCAUCUCCUGUAUUUGCCAGACAGCAGCCAUCUGCUCCCACCAGCAGUUGACAGUGAGCUUGAAUCGAGGAUUUCUACUCUUAACCUUUCCCACGUUGACUUGGUGAAUAAAACCUGGAAGUUCGGAGGGAACAAGCAGGGUUUCAUGAUCAUUAAUAACCUCAUCAGCAACUUCCCAUCCUGCUGCAUCACUGACGACCAGGGCCAGCCGGUGUCCUGGGUUCUGGUGUAUGAUUCCUGUGCUAUGGGCUUAUUGUACACUCUGCCAGAGCACAGAGGGAGAGGCUACGCCAAAGUCCUGGCCAGCACCUUGGCCAAGAGGCUCCACGCUGAGGGCUACCCAGUGUUCUGCUUCAUAGAGGAGGAGAACGAAGUCUCCUACAGGCUAUUUAAAAACCUGGGCUUCAUUGAGGAUCCCUCAUACAGGGCGCAAUGGUGGGAAUUCAACGUUUGAUUUUCUAACCACUGUGAUUGAAUGUAUAGCUGACUUAUUAUCAGGUAAACAUAAAUUGCAAGUGAAUGUAAUUGUGAUUAAAA